AUGUUGAAUGUUCGGAGGAAAAAAAUUUCAACAACACCAGCUUCAUCAGCAUCAACAUCUGUACCAGUAACAUCAUUUGUGCUUGCAACAUCAUGUAUACCAACACCAACACCAUCACACAUGAAAUGGAGGCCACCAGCUUCAUCAUCAACAACAUGGAGGCCACCAACACCAUCUUCAUAUGCAACACCAACUUCAUCAUCAACAUCAUGGAGGCCACCAACACAAUGA